AUGGUAGGUUUAUCCAGUACUUUUCCAUCAAUCCAUCCGGGCACCGGAACGGAGAAUUCUAUAGGUUCAUCAUCAUCAGAAAAAAACUUUGCGAAAGCAAAAGCAAUGAUGACGGUUAGUAAUAAUAUUAUAAUUGUAUUAAGAUUGAAUUGA